AUGGAGCGGCAGCGGCGGGAUUGUUCCUUGCUACGGCUGCUGGCCCGGUCGGCGGGCUCCACGUGCCCCUCUGAGGGCGCCGCCAUGCCCGUCACGCCCCCACACACCCCGGCAGCCUCCCCCGAAGAGCCGUCGCCCCUCACGCCGCUGCGCCUCGCUCUCCACAGCUUGGAGGACAAACAACAGCUGUCCGCCCUCAUGCCGGACACCCGGGACGCUACCCCGCCCACGACCUACACCUCCGCCCCCACGAACGAGCCCCCAACAAGGCAACCUCACCCCCAACACGCCGCCCACCACCCUCACCCACAUCGCCACGCCCCUUCCCGUGUGGACACAGUACCACCGGAGCCUCCCGACCGCGGCGUCCAUACCCCCGCUACGACGCCUGCCUCCGCUACUCAACCGCCAGAAAACAACAACAACGACACAGAGAAGCAGUGCCGCGGCGCCCGGCACUCCCCGGGCCAGAAGGACGCCUUCAGCCUGGCGGCACACCCCACCGCCGCCCUCCCGGAGUCCUCCUGUCGUCAGGCAGAGGACACCUCCCACCGCCCUCCCAGCGUAAGCGGCCCGCAGCGCGGUGGCUCUCAGCGUGGCACGGAGGACCAUGGCAGGGCGGCAACGGAGGCGGCGGUGUACCAAACCGGCGCCAACGAGCACCAACUGCCGUCACCCGCCGCCACCACGGACACCACGCACGACCCUGGCAUCCGCAGGUACCGCACGGCCUUCACGCGGGAGCAGGUGUCGCGCCUCGAAAGGGAGUUCCUGAGGGAGAAUUACGUGAGUCGUCCGCGGCGGUGCGAGCUGGCUGCCGAACUCAACCUGCCCGAAGCCACCAUCAAGGUGUGGUUCCAGAACAGACGCAUGAAGGACAAGCGGCAGCGCCUGGCCCUCGCGUGGCCCUACUGGGACUCCGCCCUCGCCGCCACGCUGCUCCACGCCGCCCACCCCGCCCCACCCCUGCUCCACCCCCUCGCCACCUCCGCCCCCCUCGCCCCGCACCUCGCCACCCACACUGUGCCUUCAUUUCUUCCAGCACACUUCGGCCUCAACCCCUUCCUACCUCCCGCCCACAACCCAAAUCAAGCCCCCGCCCCCACCCUCCCACUCAGGCCGUACCCGACCCUGCUCCUCCACUCCGUCCCGCCAGCCGCCCAGCCUCUACUAGCAAGCCACGAUCCACGACCCUCUCUGGUCCACACUCCCACUUCCACCCUGCCUCGCCCCUGCCUGCCGCCCCUCCCACGGUCUACUGUCUGCCUGUGGGAGGGUGCCCAAAACCAGGGGGACGUGGUGGGCAAGGGCUUGAGUGUAGAGGCGACACACAGCAACCCAACAGCAACCACCCUCGCCCAAGGCACAACAACCACCGACCACACCCGCUGCUCCCCCUCGCCAUGCCCCUAGGCCCUCCUCGCUGCCUGGGCCCAAGGUGCCACGGUGCAAGCAAGCACACCCCUGACGGCGACCGUGUGGCAUGCAGCGCAGCGCAGCGCCGCAUCAGGACAAGGAGGUGCCUGAAAGGUCCCUUGCUUCUCUUGGUCCUUUCCUUGCCAGGGGCUACAGGCACGCGUUCGCAGGGUGCGGGUGCACUGUACGGACACUGAAGUCAAUCUUACCUAACCAUUGCAAAAACAAGGCGUAAAAAGUUGUAGAGUUAAAUACAAGAAAGAAAAACUAGAAAAGCCCGCCGUAAUCUUUGUCUCCUCUUCAUUACCAUACUGGACGGGAAUAUAAUCGAGACGAGGGACGAAUAUUUCCUAACCAGUGAAGAAAAAAGGUGUAAAAAGCCGUCGUGCCCAUAAAGGAAAGAAAAAAAUAUAACAGCCCACCGUACUCUUUGUCUCCUGUUCUUUACUAUACUGGACGGUAAUGUAAUCGAGACGAGGGACGAAUAUUACCUAACCAGAGCAGAAAAAAGGUAUGAAAAACUGUCACAGAGUCAAAUAUGGGAAAGAAAAAAGUUAGAACAGCCCACCGUAAUAUUUGUCUCCUCUUCAUUAAAAUUACUGCACGGGAAUGAAAGCACAGCAAGGGACGAACGUUACCUAAUCAAUGCGGCAAUAAAGUUAUAAAAAGCUGUCGCGUCCAAAAACAGUGUUAAAAUAGUAAUGGAGUGGAGGGAGGAAUAUUAACCUAACAAGUACAAAAUAGGUCAAAAACAGUGUUGAAAUGGUAAUGGCAUGUUGGGAGGAAUAUUACUUGAUCGAUGCAGAGUAUAAGUUGUAAAAAGCUGUCGUGUCCAAUAAUAGUGUUGAAAUAAUAAUGGAACCGAGGGAGGAAUAUUAACCUAACAAGUGCAAAGGAGAUGUAAAUAGCUGUCGAGUCCAAAAACAGUGUUGAAAUAGCAAUGAAGUGGAGAGACAAAUAUUACCAGAAAAAAACCGUGUAAUAAUCUGUCGAGUCCAAUAAUAACGUUGAAAUAAUAAGCGUGAGGACUUGCCAACACACAAGUCCGUGCAUAAUCAUUGUCAUUAUUACCCCGUGCAGAGCGUCGGCGCGCAAUCACGGAAUUAAUUGAUUGCGGGACAUUUUAAAGUUGUGUUCUCAGUUGUAAA